AUGGAAUCAUCAAUGGAAUACCUCACCGAUCUUGAAGGAACACAGGUUACAUUUGAUGCCGUUACGGAGCCACCGUUCAACUUCCCCGCCCAAACAUGGAUAAUACUUGAGAAACUCGACGAAUGUUCGAAUCGCCUGACCAAAGAAGGCAUAGCCAAUGACCUCGGCCCCUCAGACACCGCCGGGAAGUUCCUUUGCCGCCCUGCCAGUGCUGAAAAUGAAAACAGACGCGCUUUUUUGCGCAUUUAUCAACAGGUUCCUAUCGCUGGAACUGAAACGAAGAAGACAGCGAUACGGGCUAGCCAGGCCGUUUUCACAAGGCUAGACUGCGACGUUGUUCCUAAACUGCUUGGCUAUCAGCAGCGCCGGCAAGACAAUGACGAUGGUGUUCCUGGGGGGUACGUGACAUAUAUUCUAUGGGAGAAAGUCCCUGGCGAGUCUCUCGACAAGGACAAGUUCUGGAGGCUCUCCUUUAGCGAUCGCCAGGCUAUCCGCGAUAAGUUUCGCCAGGUCUACACAAGGUUUUUGCAGUUUGGGUACAUGCCAUGUAUGGCUGGUGCAUCUAAAAUCAUCUAUGACAAGUCUAGUGGUCAAAUGCACAUCUCCGGAUUCAAACUUGCAUGUCCGUUUGAGGAACCGCAAAAGUGGGGUGAUCAUAACUACUUCCAAUAUGGACUUAUCCAACACCCCAAUAGCCGAUUGUACUGGAAGGAACGCCGCCCGACACCACGGAUUGGAUCAAAGAUGUCAACGGCUGGACAUGGUAAAUAA